CGAAGAAACAAUCUGUCUACAAUAUUUUAUGAAAGAGUUCAGUACUAUAAAGAGUUGAAUAGUGAAAUUUACUUAAAAUUUAUUCAAAUAAUUAGGUUUCAGUGAGAAUCUAUUUCCAACACAGUUAGAUUUUACUACGCGAAAAACACUUAUUAUAUUUCCAACCGGCGUGCGUCUGAUUCAGUUACGCUACAGAUUGAACAGAGUGAAGACGGCGUGAUAGUGAAGGGAAAAAAAAGAAACACCCACAAAGAUGCCUGAACAACAGAACAUGGAAGAAGGGGAAGCUGAAACCUUCGCAUUUCAAGCUGAAAUUGCUCAGCUUAUGAGCUUGAUCAUCAACACAUUUUAUUCAAACAAGGAGAUUUUUCUGAGAGAAUUGAUAUCAAACAGCUCAGAUGCACUUGACAAGAUCAGAUAUGAAAGCCUUACAGAUCCAUCAAAACUGGACAGUGGAAAGGAGUUGUUCAUCAAGAUCACUCCAGACAGAGAAAGGAACAUGCUGACCAUUAUGGAUACUGGUAUUGGUAUGACCAAGGCUGAUCUAGUCAACAAUCUUGGUACCAUUGCCAAGUCUGGAACAAAAGCCUUCAUGGAGGCUCUCCAAGCAGGAGCAGACAUUUCUAUGAUUGGUCAGUUUGGUGUAGGUUUCUACUCUGCGUACCUGGUUGCAGACAAAGUAACUGUCAUCUCAAAGCACAAUGAUGAUGAAGCUUACACUUGGGAAUCCUCUGCUGGAGGAUCUUUCACAAUAAAACCAAAUCAUGAUGCACCUUUUGAACGAGGAACGAUGAUAAUUCUCCAAAUUAAGGAGGACCAGGCAGAGUAUCUCGAGGAGAAACGUAUCAAGGAGGUAGUGAAGAAGCACUCGCAAUUUAUUGGCUAUCCAAUCAAACUUGUGUGUGAGAAAGAGCGAGACAAGGAAGUAUCAGAUGAUGAGGAGGAAGAAGAGAAAAAAGAAGAAUCUGCUGAAGGCGAGGAGAAAAAGGAGGAAGACAAACCAAAGGUUGAGGAUUUAGAUGAAGAUGAGGAGGAUGAUGAUAAGAAAGACAAAAAGAAGAAGAAGAAGAUCAAGGAGAAGUACCAGGAAGAUGAAGAACUCAACAAAACAAAGCCACUGUGGACCAGAAACCCGGACGAUAUCACACAGGAGGAAUAUGGAGAGUUCUACAAAUCACUGACAAAUGAUUGGGAAGACCACCUUGCUGUCAAGCAUUUUUCUGUGGAAGGUCAGCUUGAAUUCCGUGCUCUACUGUUUGUUCCAAAGAGGGCCCCAUUCGACAUGUUUGAAAACAAAAAGAAAAAGAACAAUAUCAAAUUGUACGUCAGAAGAGUAUUUAUCAUGGACAAUUGCGAAGAAUUGAUUCCAGAAUAUUUGAACUUUAUUAAGGGAAUUGUGGACUCUGAGGAUCUUCCUUUAAAUAUUUCGAGAGAAAUGUUGCAGCAAAGUAAAAUCUUGAAAGUGAUUCGCAAAAAUCUUGUGAAAAAAUGUAUGGAACUGUUCGACGAUCUUUGUGAGGACAAAGACAAUUACAAGAAGUUUUAUGAACAGUUUGCAAAAAAUCUCAAGCUUGGAAUCCAUGAAGACUCUACAAACAGGAAAAAGAUUGCCAAUUUCCUUAGAUACUAUACUUCACAGUCCGGUGAUGAAAUGUCGUCAUUGAAAGAAUAUGUGUCCAGAAUGAAAGAAAACCAGAAAGACAUAUAUUAUAUCACAGGUGAGAGCAGGGAAGUUGUACAGUCUUCAGCGUUUGUUGAGCGUGUGAUCAGCCGUGGCUUUGAAGUUGUCUACAUGACAGACCCCAUUGAUGAAUACUCUGUCCAACAACUGAAGGAAUUUGAAGGCAAGAACCUUGUGUGUGUUACCAAGGAAGGUCUUGAACUUCCUGAGGAUGAGGACGAGAAAAAGAAACGCGAAGAACAAGUUGCCGAGUUUGAGGGCUUGUGCAAGGUCAUGAAGGAAAUUCUAGACAAAAAAGUUGAGAAGGUCACAGUUUCCAACCGUCUGGUUAACUCCCCAUGCUGUAUUGUCACCAGUCAGUAUGGUUGGUCAGCAAACAUGGAACGUAUCAUGAAGGCCCAGGCCCUCAGAGAUUCCAGCACUAUGGGAUACAUGGCUGCCAAGAAACAUCUAGAAGUUAACCCAGAGCACUCUAUCAUUAAGGCAUUGAAGGAGAAAGUCAGUGUAGAUAAGAACGAUAAAUCUGUGAAAGAUUUGGUACUGCUCAUGUUCGAGACCGCUCUCCUGGCUUCAGGGUUCUCCCUAGAAGAUCCAACUACACAUGCCAACAGAAUUAACAGAAUGAUCAAACUCGGUCUUGGUAUUGAUGAAGAUGAUGUAGUUGUACCUGGGGAGACUGGUGAUGCCAACACUGACGAGAUGCCACCAUUAGAAGGCGAGGAUGAUGAUGCGUCACGCAUGGAAGAAGUGGAUUAAAUAUGGAACAUUUUCUUUUUACCCACUUUGUGUUGUUAACUUAAUGUGGAAUUAAUGGGAGUUCAUCGUCUAGAUACAUCAUACAGACCAAAUAGACAUUAAAUGUGCUAAGAGCUUAAGUUCUGUUAACAUCUUGUGCAGCUGGUAUCUUGACAUGUAUGUUCGUUUUUCUACACAAUUGUGUUGUAAGAUUAAUAAGAAAAAUGGCAGUUUGACAAGAAGUCAUUUCCCAUCUUAUUUCAUCCUUCACAAACAUAAUAUUGUCCAAGACAUGUUGCAAUUGAUCAAACCAUGCUGUUUAGUUCUGUUCAAUCUGUGAUUAUUUUUUUUCUAGUUGUAUUGUUUUUUUUAAAAAUGCAGUACAUGUUGUCAGUUUUGAAACGCAUUUGAACAUGUCAAUGUUCACAUUUCUUUUCAUUCAUCCACUCAUCUUUGGGACAUUUCUUGUGUAUUUCAUUAAUGAUACAAAAGCAUUACUGUGAAUAAAACUAGAAAGCUUAA